UCACGUGACAGCAGAUCUGCAGAAAGGAAGAAUGGGAGUCCGAUCCUGCCUCAUAGGGCUCCUUGCCCUCAUCGUCACUGGCAAAUGCAGUUACAGCCCAGAGCCCGACCAGCAGUGGACGCUGCCCCCAGGCUGGGUGUCCCUGGGCCGCGUGGACCCUGAGGAAGAGCUGAGUCUCACGUUUGCACUGAGACAGCAGAACCUGGAAAGACUCUCGGAGCUGCUGCAGGCUGUGUCGGAUCCUGGCUCUCCUCGCUACGGAAAAUACCUAACCCUAGAAGAUGUGGCUGAGCUGGUCCGGCCAUCACCACUGACCCUCCACACCGUCCAAAAAUGGCUCUCAGCAGCUGGAGCCCGGAACUGCCAUUUAGUGACCACACAGGACUUUCUGACUUGCUCGCUGAGCGUCCGACAGGCAGAACUGCUGCUCUCUGGGGCUGAGUUUCAUCGCUAUGUGGGGGGACCUGCAGAGACCCAUGUUGUAAGGUCCCCACGUCCCUACCAGCUCCCACAGGCCUUGGCCCCCCAUGUGGACUUUGUGGGGGGAUUGCACCGCUUUCCCCCCACAUCAUCCCUGAGGCAACGCCCUGAGCCACAGGUGGCACAGACUGUUGGCCUGCACCUGGGGGUGACCCCAUCCGUGAUCCGUGAGCGAUACAACUUGACGGCACAAGACGUGGGCUCUGGCACCAGCAACAACAGCCAGGCCUGUGCCCAGUUCCUGGAGCAGUACUUCCAUGCCUCAGAUCUGGCUGAGUUCAUGCGCCUCUUUGGUGGCAACUUUGCACACCAGGCAUCAGUAACCCGUGUGGUUGGACAACAGGGCCGGGGCCGGGCCGGGCUCGAGGCCAGUCUAGAUGUGCAGUACCUGAUGAGUGCUGGCGCCAACAUCUCCACCUGGGUCUACAGCAGUCCUGGCCGGCAUGAGGCACAAGAGCCCUUCCUACAGUGGCUCCUGCUGCUCAGUAAUGAGUCAGCCCUGCCACAUGUGCAUACCGUGAGCUAUGGAGAUGACGAGGACUCCCUCAGCAGCGCCUACAUCCAGCGGGUCAACACUGAGCUCAUGAAGGCUGCUACUCGGGGUCUCACCCUGCUCUUUGCCUCAGGUGACAGUGGGGCUGGGUGUCGGUCUGUCUCUGGAAGACACCAGUUCCGUCCUAGCUUCCCUGCCUCCAGCCCCUAUGUCACCACAGUGGGAGGCACAUCCUUCCAAAAUCCUUUUCUCGUCACAAAUGAGGUUGUUGACUAUAUCAGUGGUGGUGGCUUCAGCAAUGUGUUCCCAAGGCCUUCAUACCAGGAGGAAGCUGUAUCCCAGUUCCUGAGCUCUAGCCCCCACCUGCCACCAUCUAGUUACUUCAAUGCUGGUGGCCGUGCCUACCCAGAUGUGGCUGCACUUUCCGAUGGCUACUGGGUGGUCAGCAAUAGGGUGCCCAUUCCAUGGGUGUCUGGAACUUCGGCCUCCACUCCAGUGUUUGGGGGGAUCCUAUCCUUGAUAAAUGAGCACAGAAUCCUCAGUGGCCGUCCCCCUCUUGGCUUUCUCAACCCAAGGCUGUACAAACAACGUGGGACAGGACUCUUUGAUGUAACCCGUGGCUGCCAUGUGUCCUGUCUCAAUGAAGAGGUGGAAGGUCAGGGUUUCUGCUCUAGCCCUGGCUGGGAUCCUGUGACAGGCUGGGGAACACCCAACUUCCCAGCUCUGCUGAAGGCACUACUCAACCCUUGACCCUUUCUUGCCAAGAUAGCUGACCUGUCCCCUGCCUUGCAGCUUGGUCCCUUAUUCUGCCCUGUUGGAAUUCCUGCUGAACCCUUAACUGUUGACUGCUGUAGACAGCUGUCUCCUUAACACUGAAAUGCUGUCAGCUUGACCUCACUCCCAACCCUACCCUGCUCUAUCACACUCAGGUCUCCCUACUCCUGCCUGUUUCUUCAACAAGAUGCUACAACCAGCAUUUUUUGCACACCAAUCUCUUCUUGCUCUUUUCAACCAGGCUUUUCCAAAGGGUUCUCUACACUGACUGUGUGCACUAUUUUACUUCGUAUUUGCUCAGUUCAUUGCAAUGAUACCUCUGCUCUCACCUUUUGCUCUUUCCUCCUGCCUCACUGUGGAACAAUGGCCUCCCUGCUGCUUCAUCCAGUGCACAUGUCUCAGUCUUUGCUCUAUGGCCUUUCCUUCAUAGCUUCCAGGGCUUAAAUUCUCUGACCACUCUUGUCUUUUUCUUUCAUGUACUUCUUUCUCUGCUUCUGCAUGGAAUGCUGGUGUUCUUCAUUGCUCCAUCCUUAGUCUUUUGCUCUUCUCACUCUACUUAUCGUCCCCUGGAACAGAUAACUGACAUCAACAGCCAUUUCCAUCUCACUAAAUCAGACUUUCUAUCCAGUAGUGAUUGAUACCUCAAAUGUGAGAUGUGUGAUACUCAACAUUUCAACUCCUCCUUUCCACCCCCAAACUACUCCAUUUCUUGUUUCUUGUUGGUAAACGUUAAUACUAUGCUUCUUCUGCUCAAGCCAGAAACAUGUGGUAUCCACGACUUCCAUUUCUUUCACCCCGCCUUCAAUCAAUAAGCCCCACUGACUUUACCUCUGAAAUACAUCUUUAUCAAUCCACAAGUCCUUUCAAUUAUAUUUCCCAAGUAUGUCUAGAACUUAUCCACUUCUCUCCAUCCCCACUUCUACUACAUUAGCUUAAACCCCUAUGAAGGCACUUCAAAAAGUUCGUGGAAAAAUAGAAUUAGAAGAUAAUAUAAAUCUAGUUUGGCCAUUUAGCUCAGUUGGUUACAGUACGUUCUUAUAACACCAAGGUCAAGGGUUUGGAUACUUGUACCAGCUAGCCACCAAAAAAAAAAAAAAAAAAAAAAAAAGAAAGAAAGAAAGAAAAGAAAAAAGAUAAUGUAAACCUUUCCAUGAACUUUUCGAAGACCCCUCAUAUUCUCACUGUUCUGAAUUAUAGGAGGAACUUGCAAAAACAGUGUCUUUACUUCCUGCCCAUCCCUAAACCAUCUUCCAGAGUAAAAUGCAAAUCCCAUCAGGCCAUUUACUUGAUUAAAACCUUUCAAAGAUUACUUGAUAAAGUUCAGGCUUUUUAUCAUGGCUCUCAAACCUUCUUUGCUAUUUGUUCCUAAUAAAUCAUUUUUCCUCCCCUCUCUUCAACCCCCAAAGAACUCUCACCUCUGUCCAAAUUAUUCCAUCCCCUUAACACCACCCCGAUACAAUUGCCUAGUUGAUUACUAGAUUCUUUCAGGACUCAGCUGAGACAUCACCUUCUCUUGUAAAGGUUUUGAUACCCUGAGGCUAGAUGAUAUUGGUACAGAAGGAAAAUCCUACAUUUUCAAAACCAAACCUGUUUGAAUUUUGCUUCUGAUAUAAACUAGGAGAGCAUUGGGCAAGUACGUUUAUCUCCCUGAGCCUGCUUCCUUAUCUCAGUGGGGAUAUCAGCGCCUGCCUUUCAUAAUAAUCAGGGAAGAAUUACGUGGAAUAAUGUUGAUAGAGCGCAACAAAUGUUGGAAGUAGGCAGAUGUUCGUCCCCUUCCUCCCUUGCACUACACACCCUGUGCCUACCUCUACCACUGUAACGACCACACAGCACUGAAAUUGCCAGUUUUUUGUUUUUGGUUUUUUUUGCCUCUCCUUCCAAGACCGUUGGUGCCUAGAGGACUAGACUCUUGUUCUGCUUAACUCUGUAUUCCCAGGCCCAGCUCAGGAGUUGGCAAAUAGGAAUUAAAAUAAACGUCAGCUGAAUUGAAAA